AUGCUAGCCGAAAUAGACGAUGACGAUACAGAUAUAGAUCCCGCCACAUAUGCAAACGACGACGUCAAGAGCCUGACUCAGGCAUGGGUGAAUGAGCGCUGUGCACCAGAAGUGCUUCCAUAUGAAGAUGGACUCAUGACGAAUCUGAUGGAGAUGCUUGAAGUUCAGUCUGCAAAUGUGGAUACAUUGCGAGAUGGACGAGCCGAUGCUGCCUUCUUACAAGUGCUGUAUCAGCAAGAGAUGGAACGGAUUAAAUUCGUAAUGAGGAGUUAUUUGAGAGCUAGAUUGGCCAAGAUUGAAGAGCACGUAAUGCACUAUUUACAAGAAGCCGAACAUCGGAGGAAACUAUCACCGAAAGAACUUGUAUUCGCUGAACGCUACGACGAACUCAUACGAAAACACCAUCUAAAAUCAUCCCUCGAGAGUCUCCCGCCAGCUCUGCAAAGGUUAGACGAAGGUGGCGACAUCAGUAUGAUCACCACACCCGAUUUAGACGAUGCCGUGUUUUGUCGCGUCAUUCAAGAUGUGGGUGACUUCCAAAUAGAUGAUCGAGGCAACUCGGUAUCUAUGGAGAGGGAUAAUGUGUAUAUUCUGAGGUAUCGGGCUAUAAGGACACUUUUGGCUCAGAGUAGAGUGCAACUCUUGUAA